AUGCGCAUGCGCAAUUCCCCGACGUCUCUGGUAAACAGAGCCCCGCUGAGGCAGGCGGCUGAGUUGGCUGGCAGUGAGGGAGAGGCCUAAGCGCUCUUCUGGAGAGCCAGGAAAGGCGGAAGUAGGCCCGGACAGUACCUCGGAGGUGGAGAAAGAAAAGAGAGCUCGGUUUCGUCAUCUUGAGGGUCUUUGGACCGUACCAUUUAUUUUUAGGUUCUCUCAGUGAUGCGUCGCUGAGGGAGAAAGCGGCGCCAAGAUGGCGGAGGCGGCGCGGAACAGCUCCUCGCCGCCGCCGACGACUCCGCCCGCUUUGGACCCGGAGUUUCCCCCUCAAAGCCGGCCGCGCUCCUGCACUUGGCCACUGCCGAGGCCCGAAGCGGCGGCUGGGCCUGAGGCAGAGCCUGGCGGCGGAGCAGGGAGCGGCCUAGGCAGCCCCGAGGAGCCUGGAGUCGCAGCGGCGGCGGGAAUUGGAGGCGGCGGUGGUGGUGGUGGAGGAGGAGGAGGCGUGGGGCCCGCGCCCCGCAAGAGCACCGGGAACAGCAGCAGUGGCGGGGCGCGUCGCAACGCGUGGGGCAGCCAAUCGUACGCCGACCUCAUCAGCCAGGCCAUCGAGAGCGCCCCGGAGAAGCGCCUGACCCUGGCCCAGAUCUACGAGUGGAUGGUCCGCUCCGUGCCCUACUUCCGCGACAAGGGCGACAGCAACAGCUCCGCCGGCUGGAAGAAUUCCAUCCGACACAACCUCUCCCUGCACAGUAAGUUCAUGAAAGUGCACAAUGAGGCCACUGGGAAGAGCUCUUGGUGGAUGCUCAAUCCAGAAGGGGGUAAGAGUGGGAAGGCUCCACGGAGGAGAGCGGCCUCUAUGGACAACAGCAGCAAACUGGCCAAAGUCCGAGGCAAAGCCUCUAAGAAGAAGGCGGCAACCAUGCAGGUGGCCCCGGAGCCUACUGCUGACAGCCCAGGCUCCCAGUACCCACCCAAGUGGCCCGGCAGCCCUUCUUCCCGCAGCAAUGAGGACUCUGACGUGUGGACCAGCAUCCGCCCUCGGACCAGCUCCAAUGCCAGCAACAUCAGUGUGCGGCUCUCUCCCAUCCUGACCGAGCAGGAUGACCUGGCCGAUGAAGAGAUAUUGCCUUCCCUGGUCUACUCCAGUGCCUCCAACAACGUCCCUCCCACGGUGACAGAGGAGCUAGAACUCAUUGACGGCCUGAACCUGAUGUCACCCAGCUCAUCCCUAUUGCCAGGCCAGCAGCCGGCUUCCAGUAGCCUGGCCCAGAGGAGCACCAGCUUCCCUUUGCGGGCCCAGAACUCAGCCACACAGGCCUCGCCCUUCAGUAGCUCCCUCUUUGGUCCCAUUGAUGUCCCUCUGCAUGGCUCUGCUGGUCACUUCUCAGGCCCACAGACCCUGGAGGCUCUCCUGACAUCCAACUCUCCACCACCCAGCGAUGUGAUGAUGACACAGGUGGAUCCCAUCCUGCCACAGAGUGGAAACAGGCUGAGCAGCCACACCUUUCUGCUUCUGGGAGAGCAGUCCUCUAAAUCCAAGAUGGGUCUGGCUAACCCUCUCAGAAAGUCUUUGGAGCAGCAACAGCAACAUCUGGAGUCGGCAAAUGCUACAACUUUGCCCUCCCCCUUCACCAUGGCAGCCACUCCUCCGAAUGUGGCCAGCUUGUCAACCUUGAAGGCAGGGGGCUCUGGGCAGGUGGCUCAGUUGGGCACUCAGCUCUCUCUUCCUUCUGCUACAUUUGUCCCUUUUGGCAGCAACCAGGACAGGCUGCCCAAUGACUUGGACGUUGACAUGUACAUGGAGAACCUCGAAUGUGACGUGGAUUACAUCAUCAGCACCGAUCUCAUGGAUGGAGAAGGACUGGACUUCAAUUUUGAACCCAUUCCAUCUGCUCCCAGCUACCCCAGCACAUCGCAGGCCUCCAGCCACACUUGGGUACCCAGUUAACUUCGGAAUGACAAAGUGCCCUUUUGGUUCUGGAGCUUCCGCACCCCCCAGAAGAAGAAGAGUCUGGAAUGCAAGGAGCACUCACCUGGCAGCUGUCCUACUGCUCUGCAAGCCGGCUAGGAGCAAUGGGGCAAGCUGUGGGAGGAGGAGAGUGAUUCUGUCAAGUGCCACGUCUUUUCUGGUGUCGACUGUCAGCCCCAUAGGAGUCUGAACCGAGCUCCAUCCAUGGCCAAAAACCCACCCUGCCCCAUGAAAGCAUCAUCCAAAUUGGAUGAGGUUUGGACCCAGCUGUGAGGGUCAGAGAGGAGGUUGCUUGAAGAGGUACCUCUCCAUCUCCUCCCUCCAGCCAAAUUUCUGCCUCAGCUGUCCUUUUCAGGCCUUGGUGGGAAGGUGGUCUGCAAGCAACAUGACCACCUAAGUUCAGACGCCCCUUUUGUUGUGUUCCUUGGGCCAGGUCCUUCUCUGAUAGGAGGAGGAUGAGAGAGGGAAAGAAAGAGAGCAAGAGAAGGAAAAUCCUUCUCUUUGCACAGUGGCCAUGCAGGUGGGUGGACGGAGGGAAGGAGAAAGGCACCGCCCAGCUCCCUUCUGACCGUUUCAGCCAAGCAGCCGCUCCUGGGAGCCGAAGGUGGGCUCGGCUCGGCCUGGCCUGGCAAGGGCUUCAUCUAUGCUAAGCACUUCUCUGGAACUGGCUUCCCUAAAACAGGUGCUAUCAAAAGAAGAGGAAGAAGAAGAAGAGAAAGCUGUCACUGAGAAACCAAAACAACUUCUCUUUGGGUUUGUUCCUGGGCUGUUGAGCCGCAGCAGAGGAAUGGAAAACCUAGAUCUGGCCUUAACCAGAACCCUGAGUGGAGUUCAUGUUAUAUUUUUCCUUCUUUUAUUUUCUUUUUUUCUAAUCCAGAAGGGCAUUUUCUACAGAGGAACUAUUUUGGAGCUUUUUAAAAACAAACAAAUCACACACACAACCAAUUAACCCUAAUCCAGGCAGAGGAUGGAGCUUUCGGUGGUAGCCUCAGUAAACCAUUGUGAAGCGCCUCCAUGCCGAGUGCCUUUCCCUCCCUCAGACAGCAUUGGCAGAGGUGGCAAGAAACGGCAUUGAGAAGACCAGCGUGGCAGCAACGUUGCCUUGGGUGCCGUGGCUGGGAGUCGGGUUUGAAGCGUAGGGCACCAAGCCAGCCUUGUUCUUUGGAACUGGGGCAGAGGAGGGAGUUGUACAUUAUAGAACAUUACCUGUAAAGCUAGCAGCAGAUUAACUAGCAGCUUUUGUAAACCGGAGAAGGGAGGGAGGGAGGGAGGGAAGGAAGGGCGGGGAGAGAAACUAUUUUAACAAGAGGAUCCUACAGACUUUGUUGGCUAAAUGUGCAUUUUGUUUUAUUGCAGCUUUAUUCUCUUUUUUCAUACCAGACAGAACACUAAAGCACAUGAAGCUGGUAUGAGGUCUGAAGAGGAUUAAGGGAAAGCUUCUUGGGUGGGUAGGUAGACAUGGAGGGCUUUGGGGCAUGGAGGGGGGAGGUCUCCUAGCAGCCUUGAGCUAGCGGGGCAUGACGGGUCCUGUAAGCCUGGGGCUUUGGUGGGUCACAGCUGCGGCUUUGGAACCCUUGACCUCUUUGUCCAGAACACCAUCGGAGGGAGGGCUCAGCAGUCACAGCAGCUUGUGUGUGUUUGUGUGGGAUCGUCGCUAGAGCUGCUACAAGCCGGCAGCUGUUGCUGAGACUGGAAGGCAAAGCCCGGAGAGAACAUCAAGAGAGGCCUUGGUGCUCAUUGUAGCGUGCUCUCCAGAAAGCGUCUUGGAUGCCCAGGAAUCUGUUGCCAUUCUGUGUCCAGCAUAGAAAUAGAGAAUACAGGAUACUGUUCCACCUUUAAGCCGCUCCACAAGAUGCCAGGAAUCUGCCGGGCCUAUUUUGUUUUGCCCUGGCUAGGCCUGUAUUUGUGUUAGGGAUGUUUCGGCCCUCUGAGAUGAAAUAGAGUUCUGGGUAGUAAGGAAAUUAUGGCCAUGUGUCUCAUCUCAAAUUAUAUAAUUUCUAAAAAGGGCCUCUGCAGUCACCUUGCAAGCCUGAAGUGCAGAAGGUGUCUGAACAUGUAGGAUGAGCAUUAAGGCUAUUUCGUGGAGCGGAGGAAGAAACAAAGUUGACAUGACAUUUAAUGCAAAGAUGGAGCUGGAUUUCUAAAGGAGGCGCAGACACAGCCUGUCACUCAAGCUUGGUCAGUCUGUAGGGACUACCACUACUCCUUUGGUUUCCACACAGUUGUAUUUUGUAGGGGUUUGAAAUCUGCAUAGCGUUGUGCAUUCAAAGCACAACCAGCUACACCUUAAGGACUGCCUGUGGUGUAAAUGGCCAAUUGUGCUUAUAGUACAGGAAAGACGAACUGUUCUUUCAUUUGCGAUUUCCAAGGAGUGUAGCUGUGUUAGUCUUGCAACAAAAACCAAAAAGAGCCUUGCUGCAUCGUAAAGACUAGUGAGAGUUGUAUCUGCAGCAGGUCAGACUAAAUGGCCCUUGUGGUCCCUUCCAACUCUGAUUCUGUAUUUGGAUGCAUCUGAUGAAGAUGCUGGCAGAUGAUAUAUGCUUCUGUUGCAUCAAACUUGCCUUUCUUUAAGGAAUGAUACUGAUCUUUCUUAAGUGAACUUAAUUUGGUCUCUUGGCUUUCAUUCCCUUCCCAUUGGCUUGGGGGCUUCCCUGAAUGCAAAGAGGAGGGGGGCAGUCUGUCUAGAUAUUAAUGAUGAACUAAGAGGGAUAAAGAUAGCCCAGGGUCUGGGUAUGCUAGCAAACAAGUGUGUUUGUGGAGCAGCAGGGAGUUAAUAUUCUACUGGAUUAUCCCCCUGAAACUGGGAGCCUUUAGCUCAGGAGAGAGUUCUAGUGGGUCUUGAAGUAGUAGAAGCGGUGCAGCAUUUCUCUUGUGGUCCAUCUGCCUUGUCCUGGUACGGAGAGCUGGGUGAAACAGACAUGAUUUUUCUUUAUUGGAUGGUCUCAUGCACUCCCCCCCCCCCUCGAAAUAGCAGCAGCAUCUCUGCUCUCCCUUCCUGGGCUUUCCCUGUGUCUCCCUCAAGAAGGAGAGAAGGCGCCUGUGUGGAAUGUGCUGAAAGGCAAAAUGUGACAAAUAAAAUCUCUGUAAUCUUUUA